CAGCACAUUGGGCGUGUUGCGUCGAGUUAAUAACCUGUUUGUUUAGCUCGAUUCCCGUCAGACUCCUCUUACCUGCCGAUCCUUUAUAACGCUACACAGCUCUACAACAGAAUGGACAACAAUGCCGUCAAUGACGAAGUAACGAAAUUCAAUAAAGAAAAUCUGCGGAAGACGCCAACAACAGAUAGAAGCAGACUUCCAUCUCAAAACGAGAUUGAUGAGGAAAAGAAAAUGAUGAAAGAACCUUGUAGAAUGGGCGACAAUCCCAUCAAAGACGAAGUGACGACCUUUAACGUGAAAAGGCUGCGGAAGACGUCAACACAAGAGAAGAACACACUUCCGACUCAAAGGGACAUUGAUGACGAAAAGAAAAUGAAAGAAUGACUCACCCCUUGCUCAAGCAUGGCUUCGUCUCGCCUUCUUCCAUAUGAUCCCGUCCCAUCUCCUCCCUCCAUGUGCCAACAUGAGUUGAUCAAAAAAUAUGUAUUACUGCCUUAAAGUCAUGCCAUAUCUUAUAUUUCUCUCUUUUUUUAAAUGUAAUUUAGAAAUGAACAGAAUGAAGUUUUGGUUUGCUUUUUAAGAAAGAUUUUGACAUUAAUAAUAAUGAAACUCUGAAAAUGUACCUUUUUUUUUCUCAGUAGUGCCAUUUAGAAACUACUGUGGGAAAUAGUCCAGAGGGUGGCUUUUUUAUAUAACAGUCCAGCUCAAUGUCAACAUUGUCAAUGUUUAAUUUGCCACAAUGUAACGACAAGUCUUAUAUUUUAGAUGUAGCAACAGGAAAAAAAGUGCAAAAUAAUGAAAUUGUGAAAUGAUCCUUUGAGAACAAGCAUUCUUUAUUUCUAUAGGACUAAUUGUGAAAAAAUAUUUGUUUGUCAAUGCACCUAAUUACACAAUAAAGAUGUAUGACAGUUCAA